ACUGCGGCCACACGACCACCAUGCCGCCGCAAGUCAACAACGUAGUCAACAACCUCAUCAGAGCCGCGGCGUCUGUAUCGUCAGACAUCUCGGACGCCGACCUUGACGCUCACGUCGCCAAGCUGCUCGCAGCAGAAGCAAAGGCCAACGACGCAAAGUGGUCGGAGCUGGGGCUCAGCGCGUUCUUGGGCUCGGGGUCGGGAUCGGGGUCGGGGUCGGGCGGUCGUGACUCGCCCGACCCGUCUCUCCCAAAGCCGAACAAGCGCUUCCUCGCAAGCAUCAUCCGCAACGUCGACGGGCACAACACUGCCCUGCUGCGCCAACAGGCCGAGUCGGCUCGCGAUGCCCGCCGUGCGCGCGAGCCCGUUGCGUCGUCGUCAAGACGAGCGAACCCCGGUACAGCUGCGGGAAGGCUGUUCGGUGGCGCUUUACGCAGUGUUGGGCGCGACGCAAGCCGUAGGGACGACCGCGGCGAGAGAAGGGAGCGCGACGACGUGAGGCGAAGGGAGGAUCGUGACGACAGGAGAGAGCGGGAUAGGAGCAGGGAGAGGGAUCGCGACAAUGGCCGUGGGAAGGAUCGCGAGGAGCGUAAACGCCGCGACGACGACCGCACAAGAGAUCGUGACGACGCCCGCCGACGUGACGACGACCGUGCGAGGGAGCGUGGCGACGACAGCCGACGAGACCGCGACAACGACCGUAGACCAGACCGCGACAACGACCGCAGACCAGACCGCGACAACGACCGUAGACCAGACCGCGACGACCGAAGGGCAUCUUCCCGUCGCGACGACUCGGACGACGAACGCAGGCGGCGCCGACACGACGACAGCGAUGACGACAGGCGCAGCAAGAGGCGUAGCAGAAAGGACGACUCUGACGACGAACGCGACCGGCGACGAGACCGGCGUCGUGACGACGACAAGAGAACACGGGACCGGGACGACGAGCGCCGAGGCAAAGACAAGCGCGACAGGCGGCGAGACGACUCGGAGUCACCGCCACGGCGGCGACGCGACCGCUCUGAAUCACCUCGCCGGCGCUCCCACCGCUCGCCCUCAGCCUCACCGCCACCACCGCCGCCACCCGACCUAUCCCCGCCCGAGUCGCCUAUCUCCCGCAUGGACAAGUACUUCAAGAAGAGCUACGACCCGGCGCUCGACGUCGGCGAGGUGCCCAAGACGGGGCUGGUGACCGCCGUCGGGUGGGACAACAUGCUUGCGGUGUUGAAGGACAGAGGGAAGAAGCGACGCAAGAACUCGCCACGCCUAUCAGACUCGCCCGAGCCUGGCCCCAAACCCCGUGACGAGGGCUCAGCAUGGGCACGGCAGCAGCGCGAGAUGGCGCAUGCCAAGCCCGCGGACGAGAAGAGCAUCAUGGAGAUGGAGUACACUGCGCGGGGCGGCGUGCGCGAGUGGGACCAGGGGAAGUAG